ACGAAGUUGAUACCAAGACAACAUCAACAAUAUGGAGGAAGAAAAUAAAUCUCCUCGACAAGUAACUAUCAAAACCCCUGAAGGAGACCAUAAAGCAACGAAAAAUAAUGAAGAUGAAUAUGAAGACACAGAUGUUGACACUGAUAAAGAAGGGGAGUCAUCUCGACCUCAGUCCAUGAGGAUAGAUUUGACAAGAGUGAGGAGCGCAUACUCAGCUAAAACUCACAAAGAAUCCAAUUUACCUUCUGUGUUAACUGAUUAUGGGAUGGAAGAUGAUAAAACAAAAGAAAAGGGCAGAAGAAAGAAGAAAAAGAUCAAAUCUGAAAAAGAAAAUGAUGAUAUGGAUGGAAAUACAGAUAAGAGAAAAAAGAAAAGGGAAGAGAACAGGAGAAAGAUUGUCUAUCGUUCAUCAUCUGAGCGAUAUCAACAAAUUAUGGAAAAUCAAGAAGAUGGUGGAAAUUUUUACUCAAAAAAGGUUUCUGGUUUGGCACUUAGAGUUAAAACACAGUCUGAUAGCCGAUCACAAACACCAAGGACACCAAGAACACCUCGACAAGAGGAAGAAGAAACAAAAAAGGCACAAAAGAACUCUGUGAAGAAGAAAUUAAAAAGACAUGAAUUGUCAACAAAUACAGAUUUUCUUAAAACAGUUCCAAAAACAGAAAUGGCAAAGAUUAUAGAACUACAGGAUAAAUUGAUGAAAGAAGGAAAACUCAAAACCCAGGCAGAAGUUGACAGAUUUUGGCUGGACAUCAAGAAACCAGAUGUGUAUUCAUCAUAUUUCAAACCAGCUCUUCAGACUCAAGCAUCAGGUUCUGGUUCAGCCACCAGUUCAUUGAAUCGCUCAAAUCUAGAAACCCAUUCUACAGUAGCAGCUUUACAAGACUAUCCUGGCCGUUCACUCAGUCAGAUAUCAGAGAGAUCCUCUGUACCAGGAUUGUACAAAGAUACACAGGACUGGGCAAUUACUCAACAGUUCAAACAUCAACACUCACACACAAAGGUAGCAUCCCCACAGAAAUCAAGAAGUUCAGAUUUAGAGAAGAAAUUCCCAAAGACACAGAUGCCACAGUUACACUGCUUUACAAUGGACCUUGGAGAAAAACCGCCUGACCCAGAGCAGCUUGCUAGAGAAGCGGAAUUAAAAGUAAAAAUAAAACAGAGAAAGAGAUUUUUACGAAAAUUACACAGAAUGCAUCAAAUGGCCAUGGCAAACAAUGCCGCAACAAACAGAAUUUUAGAUAAACAUGGAGAAUUAUCAAGUUUUUUGGAGGGAAAUACUCUCAGAGAUGUGAAAUCUUUAUAUUGCGGAAUGCAGACCAAUCUUCUAUCAAUCUUGCCUGCCCCAGAAGACCAAUAUAUAUCCGAGGAGGACUUACGGAUGCCUGAUUCGGUGUAUCCUGCUAUUCCUCCACCCAGAAUGUCAGUCAGUCAGGGAAGUUCAAAACCUAGGUCACUAGUCAGCAGGGAAUCUAGAACAAGUCUAGCUUCUAGAGGUUCAUUUAGAAAAGAAUCUAGUCGACGGAAGUUAGGAAAAGAGCUACCACCUCCACCACCUCCAAUACCUCUUACCCUGGAUGAAAUCAGACAGAAAACAAGAACUAUUGAACCAAAAUGUUUGAGUACAAACUGGAUAAACUACAUGAGGAAUGGUAGACCAGUGCAGAGUGAAUCGUAAAUUGCGAAUUGUCAAUUUGAUCAUCAAAGUCAGAGAAGUCAUGCCGUCCAAACACAGAAACACAAGAAUGUUUUUAUCCCUGAGUGCUUCAGACUGCACAGUCACAGAUAUUUCCAUUUUGGUUUUUAUACUGAUCAAAGCAUAUUUUGAUAGUUUCAAAAUGUGAUUUUUUAGCCAAAUAUUUUUACUUCAAGUGAUACUUAUUAGUUGUUAAAGACUUCUAAUUUUAAGUAGUUGUUUCUGAACAACUUUCAAAAUGUAUGUAUGCAGUACAUUUCAUAUCCAUGCUAAAAUUUACUUUGAAUACCUCAUGUGAGGUCUGUUACUCUAUUUUGAAUAUUAUUGUUUUUUAUCAAAUUGAAACAGUACAGACACAUUUCAAAGUUUUAUGUUUUUUUAAUUGGUUGGGUCCCAUGUAAUUUAGUUUUAAAGGAACUGCCUGUAACUGCUAUGUUAUGGUAGAUAUAAUAUUUUAGCUAAUUUGUAUAAUUUGAUUUUAAUUUUCAGUCCAACUUUCAAACUUUAUGUUUAUUGUUACUCAAUCUUAAAAAACUGUGGUUUGGGACUGUAUAAGUAAUGCUAAGUUGCAUAAAUUUCACUUUAUUUUUUCACCUCAAAAUAUUCUUUAUUUAACUGCCUGCAAUGUUCACAUGAAAUUUUUGAGAGUCCUAUAGAAUUUGGCCUUCAAUGUUGUUUCAUAGUCAAUAGUUUUAAGAAAAUUUUGUAAAAAAAAAAGUAACAAAAAUUUGAGGCAGAAAUAAUUAAAUUUUUAUGUAUCAGAGAUGGCAUGCUUAAAAUGAAUGGUAGUCUCAAUUUUGCUGUAUUAUGUUAAAAUUGUAUUCAUUUUCAAUAAUUUUUUCCAUCUUAUUACACAAUUUCAGAGUUUUUGCAGCACAAUAUAAUUCAUUUAUAAAAGGGUAACUUAUACACAUUUCUCAUUGAUUUCGAUUUAUGAUCAUCUUUUCAUAAAAAUGGAUUUUAAUAUGAAGUUGUGGUGAUACAGAAGGCCACAGAAAACUUAUCAAUAGAUUAUCACUCACUCCUUAUCAUGUCUUCCUUAAUUCCAUAUUUUAUUUUAUUUUUUCAAAUAAUUCUUUAAGAUGAAAAACGGACAAACAAUUUAAGGAUAACAAAAUCCUCCCUAUAAUUGAUCUGUGGCCUAUAAAGAGGUGUACAGUAUAUUGUUAGAUUAUAGAGUAGAAAGUAUGAGGUGUGUGGACUUUAAUGGAAAUGAAAGUGUAUGGGUAUUGGAUAAGUCUGACACAGAAUUAAAUGAUUUGUUUCAACUUCUGAGAUUGGAGUUAUGUUAAGAAUAGUUCAUUUUGUACAUAUCAUUAUCAUUCAUCAGUGGUGCAAAAAUGAAUGAAUCACCUGAAAUAUGGAGUUCUUUUUUUUUCAAACAUUAUUUUCUUUCAGAAAUGUAUUUCAUGUGUUGUGAUGUUUAUUCAAAUGUGUUAAAAAAAUUUGUUUUUCGACUUUAUUCAAAUUACAUAUUUUAAGGCUGCAUUUAUUAUUUGUUGUGGGUGGGGCAAAAUAAAUGAAUGGCAUGAGAAGACAGUAUUAGUCACUUCCCCUUGAGAGUGAUCUUGGCUAAAUGUUGAGGAAAACAAAGUUGCAAUCUGUUAUCUGCAAGAUCAUUGAAUCUUAGCAAUGAUACAUGCAAUAUUGCAUUUUCUCCGACAUAACGUUCCUUUAUGCCCUUUCUUCAAUGCAUUACAUGAUUUCAUUUAAACCCCAAUAAAGUUUCAAGCAUAGAACUAGUCCUCGGCUAUGGUUAUAUUUUGAAAAUGCAUUUUUUUUACAUGUACAUUUAUUUGAGUUGAUACUUGCGUGUCUGGCAAAAUUUUUGUAUAAAUCUUUAAAAAAUAUCACAAUAACAUUUUCAAAUUAUAUUGCCAUGUAUGCAUAUAUACAAUCAAAUCUGCAGCUUAUUAAUUUGAGUAUCUAGAUUUUGAACUAUUUACAUAAAUUCUCAAUAAGUUAUGGUUAAAAUACAAACUAAUUGAUAUGUUUGGCUCAACAAUUUCAUUAUCUUGUGAACUAGUAAUGAUAAUCGUUACUUCUGCAAUACAGCGGGAGAAAGAAAGCCAACUUUGUUAUCAGUUAAAUAGCUUUUUACUACAGGUAUACUCAAUUUAUUAGAAAAUUCUUAGCUUUCAAAAUAAUUCUUCAAUUGGUAAUUAAGCUAGAAGGAUAUAAUACAUAGCAUUUCAUAAUGAAAUGUUGAAGGCAUAUUUUAGUUUUAUUGUUUAAUAUAGUUAAUGAAUGUGAAAUAUUUUUGUAUCUGUUUUUGUACACAAAUUUGUUAACCAACAAAUGGUUGGUUCGAUGAAUGUGUGAAUAAAAUAUUAAUAAAUAA